GCAAAGCACAACUACCACACCGCGGCCGCGAUACCGCCGCACCUCGCGCCCGCGGACGUCAUCUCCGCGCUGCACGACCACAACACCUGCCUCACGCUGCAAGCCCUCACAACAGGCCACGAAAAGCUGCCCGAGAACCCGCCCGCCACGCGCAAAGACACCUUCUGGUAUCCGCCCGACAGACACCCCAUCACGACCUACAACGUCUCCGAGUGUAUAACCUGGAUGCCGGGCAUCGGCGAAUGGGGCCGCAAAUAUAUUACCUUCCCGUCGUGCUUCCAGAACACGCCGAGCGGGCUCAAGUCGCGGGCGGACGCGAGCGGCGUGGUGCUGCGCGCUGAGUUCCGCGUCAUUGAGGGCUGGCAUGGUGAUGCGGAGGUGGAUGGCGAGGGCGAGGGGCUCGGAGAGGUGGAUUGGGUGCUGGUGGAAGAUGUGGAAGUCCAGUGUGCGUGGUGGCUGAUGCCGUUUGUGCGGGGCAAGAUGGAGCAGGCGCAUAGGGAUAUCUGUCGCAAGGUGGUCGAGAAGGUGGAG